ACUCUUCAAUUCUCGAUGGGUAUCUUUGCUUGCCAGAGAUGUCGCUCUUCAUUUCUCUAGCUUGCUUGGGGUGCGAGUGACAGUAUUAGAAACUUCUUCGCCAUUGUACUACCUGAGAUUGUUAGUAUAUAUAUGUAGUUUAAACAAGCAAACGAUUGUUCGUAGCUCCGUACAUGCAAGUGCUUGAGUUUCUAGAUUCUAAUUUUGUAAUAUUAUCUUUUGAAAAAGUAAUUGCCCACCGAAAGUUUUCUUUACGAUUUUGCCCCUCUAGGACCUUCGCAUCUUGCAUUAUUUAUUGCCCCAUUUCACCUUCAAUGAGCACUAGAAAACAGAGAUAGCUUCCCAAUCAUGGCAGUGCGUCCUUAUACUUUUGCUUUGAUCCUUCUUUCUCUCUUACAGGCUAACAUCGCAAACUCGCAAUCAUUCAUCGGUGUAAACUAUGGCCAAGUCGCGGAUAACCUCCCGCCGCCGUCAGCCACAGCAAAGCUUCUUCAGUCGACUUCAAUCCAAAAGGUCAGAUUAUACGGGUCAGACCCGGCUUUAAUCAAAGCCUUAGCCAAUACUGGAAUAGGAAUCGUUAUCGGCGCCUCGAAUGGUGAUAUUCCCUCACUAGCCUCAGAUCCUAACUUCGCCAAGAACUGGGUCAACACCAACGUGGUUCCAUUUUAUCCAGCUAGCAAAAUCAUCCUCAUCACCGUCGGCAAUGAGGUGUUGACCUCUGGCGACCAGAAUCUUAUGACGAAGCUUUUGCCGGCAAUGCAAAAUGUCCAAAAUGCUCUGAACGCAGCGUCUCCUGGGGGUGAGAUUAAGGUCUCUACAGUUCAUUCUAUGGCGAUAUUGAAGCAAUCAGAGCCACCGUCGACCGGAAGCUUCGAUCCCAGUUACGGGGAUUUGAUGAAGGGUUUAUUGGGGUUUAACAAUGCCACGGGCUCGCCUUUCGCGAUCAAUCCGUACCCGUACUUUGCUUACAGGAGCGAUCCAAGGCCCGAGACUCUUGCCUUUUGUCUUUUCCAACCGAAUGCAGGACGUUUUGAUGCAAACACAAAGAUCAAGUACAUGAACAUGUUCGAUGCUCAGGUUGAUGCUGUUCAUUCUGCGUUGUCCUCUCUGGGCUUUAAGAAUGUGGAAAUUGUGGUAGCUGAGACUGGAUGGCCUUACAAGGGAGACAGCAAUGAAGUAGGGCCAAGUAUUGAGAAUGCUAAGGCUUACAAUGGUAAUUUGAUUGCACACCUUCGAUCAGUGGUGGGCACCCCAUUGAUGCCAGGUAAAUCAGUAGAUACAUAUCUCUUUGCUCUGUAUGAUGAAGACUUGAAACCUGGACCUGGCUCUGAGCGAUCAUUUGGCCUUUUCAAGCCUGAUCUCACCAUGACUUAUGAUGUUGGCCUCUCCAAGAGUAGCCAGACUCCAUCUACGCCAAAAACUCCGGUGACUCCAUCACCAGUGCCAAACAAAGCAACAUGGUGUGUGCCAAAGGCUGGUGUUUCUGACGCCCAAUUGCAGGCAAAUCUGGAUUAUGCUUGUGGACGAGGGAUUGACUGUAGUCCAAUUCAACCAGGUGGAGCUUGCUUUGAACCAAAUACAGUAUCAUCGCAUGCUGCUUAUGCCAUGAAUCUCCUCUAUCAAAAUUCCGACAGAAAUCCAUGGAACUGUGAUUUCUCACAAACGGCCACUCUUUCGUCUAAAAAUCCCAGCUAUAAUGCUUGCAAGUAUCCUAGUGAAAGCGCCUGAAAACUUGAGAGAAAACCCACUAUAUCUUUUACAAGUACAUUGGUUGUGUGUGUAAAAAUGUAUGGAGGAUAAUUCCUUGUCAUUAUGUGGUGCUUGUGAAGACAUUGUAAUAUAUUCGUUAUCAAUGUAUAUUGGAAUUGAGACAAGGUUAGUGGAGAAGUUUUUGUGGCUU